CUGUCCCCUGGGGUCCCGUUAACGGGGAGUCCAAACGCGCGUUCCGUGGCUCGGUCCGCAGAGGAGUCCUGGCUUUCUCCGUGGGGUCCUUCUGGGGCCCCCCCGGGGCGUCCGGCUCGUGCCCGCCGGCAGCUGCCCUUCAGGAACGAGUGGGCCCCCUGGAGCGGCUGGUCCCAGUGCUCCCGCAGCUGUGGGGGCGGAGCCUCGGUGCGCACGCGCACCUGCAUCACCAGGAACCCGGUUGGUGGACUUUGCUCCGGAGAUCCGAGACAAUACAAGAUCUGCAACACCAAGGAGUGCCCCCCCGGCUCGGAGGACUUCAGACAGAUGCAGUGUGCUGCCUUCAAUGACAGGCCUGUGGUGGCUGGGAACUCCUUCAGAUGGACCACUUUUCAUGGAGGCCCCGGCCCCUGGGGGCUCAGCUGCCUGGCCCUGGGACACAACUUCUACUACAACUUUGGUCUGGUUCUGGACGGCACGCCGUGCGGCCAGGAGCCCGGAGCGCUGUGUGUCCGGGGCCGCUGCCUGAAGCCCGGCUGUGACUCCAUCUUGGGCUCGGAGCAGCAGGAGGACGUGUGCAUGGUGUGUGGAGGACACAACACCACCUGCCUGCUCCACCGGAGUGUGUACCAGAGCACCGGCCUGGAGGCAGGAGGACCCUUUGGAUACAACGAAGUGGCCAUGAUCCCAGCCGGAGCCACCCACAUCCGGGUCACCGACAACAGCAGGAAUUACCUCGCUCUGCAGAAUGGCCGCGCCCAGUUCCUGAUCAAUGGGAACUGGAAGAUCAGCAUCCCGGGGGAGUACAGCGUGGCCGGGACCAAGCUUCUGUACCGGCGCUCGGCAGACACCUGGGAGAGCUUCGAGGUCCCCGGUCCCACCCAGGAGGACCUCCAUCUGAUGGUUCUGGCCACAGACAGAAACUCAGGGAUUGAGUACGAGUACUGGCUGCCUCCAGACCAGUACGCCCUCCACCACGGGAGGAGGAGCCCCCUGAGACAGGCCCACCACACCGCCAGCUACUUCCCCUGGAACCAACCCACCUCUCCACCCACCACCACCACCUCCAGGCCCGCUCCCAACACCCCCCGACCCCACUGGUGUAAGAGCUUUUUAGUCCUUCCUUUAGCCCUGAAACCACAGAGGACUCGGGCUCUGGCCCGGGCUCCGUCCAAUAUGGAGGGAAUUCUGAGUGGCUUCUCAGGUAAUUUCUCCCAGCUGCUGGAAAUCCAGCAAACAGAGCAGAUCCCGCUCUGCUGCCAGUAA